AUGAGUAUUUUACAAAAGAUUAAGAAUACUAUUUCUGGUGGACCAUCGAAAUCCGAUGUCAAUUUCGAGAAUACCAGAAAGGAAUUCAAAUAUGUUUCGGAAUAUGUAUUUGCCAUUCACACAUCUUUGCAGAAGCGUGUCAAAAACUUGAAAAAAACUUUCUUACAUAUUGAUUGUGUUGGUAAAACAAUUACAAAGUAUUACCACAAUGAUCAUCCACUUGCUGCAAAUUGUAUUGAAACCAAUAAAUUGAUUGAAAAUUCAUUUAAUAAUUGGAAUGAUUCAAAUCAACAAAAUUAUGAAACAAUCGGUAGAACUGUUGCAAGAAUUAAAUCGAUAAAGGAUUCGAUUUCUACACGUGACCAAUAUCUUAUGGAUCUGGAGAAUUCCGAUUCCAAACUUAAAUCGCUGCGUGAGAAGCCACCAAAGGAUCCAUCAAAGUUGCCCGCCGAAGAGAACAAUAACAAAUUGAAGAAGCAAUCUUACCAACAAAAGAACACCAGCGUUAUGCAAGAGAUAUUCCAAUUCUUUGAGGAGAAGAACGAUAUUUUCGAUUUGCCAUUGAUGCAAAUUCAAGAGUCACUCUCUAAUCUCUUCCAAAACAUUCAUAACAAUCUCUUUGAGUGUUCCGAAGUACUCCAGAAACCACCACCCAAAAACAAUCCAGUCUCUAACUAUAUGUCUGGUAUCCAAACAAACUCAACUCUUGAAGUUGAUGACUAUUCACCACCACCUUCUUCCUCUUCCUAUGGCAACAAUGCAUAUCAACCAAAUUCAACACCAAUGCAAUCUCCUGGAAACGCUCAACCAACUCCAUCACAAAAGAGAAUAUCUCCCCCACCUCAACAACCACCACAGCAACAACAACAACAACAACAAUUAAUGUCACCACCAACUCUCUCAGGACCACCUGUUGAUCUUGUCAAACCAUAUGAACCAUUCACCAAAAAGAAACUAUUGGUUCAUAACGAAGUAUUAUUCCCAGGACAUCAAUCGCCAGCACCACCACAGCAACAGACAUAUAACCAAGCUCCAUCACCAACACAACCACAACCUGUAACACUAAAGUCGGCACCCAAGAGUAAUAGUUUCAAUAACUCUGUGACAUCUUCUCAGCAAUCAUUCCAACAACAACCAGCACAACCACAAUCUGUUCCACUAAAGGCUGCACCCAAGAGCAAUAGUUUCAACAAUUCAACUCCUCAGCCAGCAUUACAUACUCCAAUCGCACCGAAUCCCAACACUAAUCAGGUUGCAAAGAGUGGAAGUUAUCUUAAAUCAAACCCAAAUUCUCAACCACCUGUACAAUCAAAUUCAUCAGCACCACCUCCAGUACAACAACAACAAUCAGGUGGUGUAUUACCAUCACAAAUCAAUAAGAAUGCAAUUAAACCAAUCUCUAUGGGAAUUGUUACAAAGCCUGCUGCAUCACAACAACAACCACCAGUUCAACAACAACAACAACAAUCUCAACCUAGUAUGCCACCAGCCAGUAGACCAAAGAGUGUAAUUCAACAACAACCACCACCACAGUUACAAAGACAACCAUCAGUUCCACAACAACCAACAGCCACUAAACCAUCAGUUAAUCUAAAUUCUCUUGCUGCUUCAGGUAGCAGAUCCAACAGCAAAUCCAACUUGUUGCCAUCCGCCAACUUUGCGAAACACCGUGAACUCUUUGGACCACACAAAAAAUUCAAACUCAAUCCAACAUUCACUCGUUCGGUCAUUGGAACCUUUGAUUUCAGCUAUGUAGCACCAAACUUACAACCCGAUAAUUGGUCUGUCAUCAUGCCAGCACCACCAACCUCUAUGAAUCAAAAUGUUCGUAGUUCCGGUCUCGAGAUCUAUGAUUUCAAUAACAAUUGGUUGACCAAUGGUGAACUGCUCACUACCGACUACCAUUAUGUAUUCCGUGCACUCGUUCCAGCGAGUGUGAUGCCACAACAUGAUACCGGUCGACUUCGUGGUCGUUUCAUUAUCGAAGCGGAUCUCUAUCGUAUCGACAUGGUCGAGACUGACCAAUGGGAUAGCAGCGUCGAACCUCUCUCACCUGAGGAAUUCAACUUUUACACUAGACCUUCCAAGUCUUACACUCUAGACGAUCCAAUCUUUAAUGAUUUCAUCAAUAAGAAUAAUCUAUUCAUCCAAGCACCUCAAUCGAAUGGCGCCUCAAACGAACCAGCAGAAACACCGCUAUGUUUUGCCUAUCGUGUUAACCUUUUCAUCAAUGAGAACUUCAAGUAUAACUAUGAGGAAAUCGGAUGGAAACCAAUUGUCACUACCACUCAGAUUGGUAAGGGUGAUUGCGGAUGUCUGACAAUGUUGUACAACGCAAUAUUGAGACGUUCUGGCAUUCCAGCGAGAUCGGUCAUUGGACGUGGUGGUAACUUUUCGACACCAGAGGGAAUCGAAACGCACUGUAAGUCAGAGGUGUGGAUUGACAACAUCGGAUGGAUGCCAGUCGAUGUCACAUGGAAUCUACAUCUCAAGGAUUCACUAGUAACCAAGUACUUUGGUAAUGAUUGCGGUGAACUCAUUGUAUUCCACAUGGAUGAAAUUUGUAACAUCGAAACUGGUGUAUCAACAUUCAUUCAUGAGAGUGCACAUAUAAUGCAAAGCCCACUCUUCUAUGCAUCUGGAAGUGGUAAUUUCGAAGGUGUUAAGAAAAAUGAUCAAUGGACUGUUAAACCAAUCAAAUAA